AUGCCAACCUACGAAAAAUCCGAAGACUGGCUUUACCAGUCAGCGUUGCUCCUCCAAGCACGCCCGACAACCACGCGCAUAACAACUCGCUACUCCCUCACCCCCGCCCGCCGCAUCCCCAAGAAGAAAUUUACAGAUGCUACCCAACAAGAACAAGAACAACAAGAACAACAACAACAACAACAACAACAACAACAACAACAACCACUACCCGAACAACAGAAACCCCCCCGCGGCCACCUAAUCCUCAAAACCUACGACCCCGUCUCGGGCACAGUCCUCAAAUAUAAAACAUCCAAAGCGGCCGAAGUUGGUAGACUCAUCCAAAUGCUGGGUUCAUUGGCUAAGAGGAUGGGGGGCGUCGACUUGUCGACUCCCGUCCGCGCAACUACCACUACCGCAUCCACUGCUGCAGGGGCAGGGGCAGGGGCAGCAGCAGGGGAGACAAAGAAAGAUGGGGAUGGGGAUGCUGUUAUGACGGAUGUGAAGGUUGAAGAGGGAGCGGCAGGGGAAGGGGGAGUGGUGAGCGGGCGGAGUGGGACGCAGACGCCCGUGCCGGGGCAGGAGGGGGGGAAACAAGGCGGGAAGGGGAGGAAGAAGAAGGGGCGGAGGUAG